UAUAGAACUGCAGCACAGAAUAGUUACAUGACUACACAGUAAAUCAACUGGAGAGUUGUGAAUGACUUCUUCCUCUGAAGUUCUUUCCCCGUCUUGUAACUAUCAAAUGUGGUUUUUCCCCCUUUAUCAGCUUUUAGUGGUUGUAUGUGUAAUCCUCCAAAACUUUCAUUUUUAUUUCUGUUUCUCCUCCAACAUGCUCAUUGUGGUAAUAAUGCACAGAACACCAGGGAAGUGACCCGGUUUGCUGCUGCUCAUCUGUCUGGGAUCUCAAGCAAACAUGUGGUUAUAGAGUGAGGGGCAGGGAAGAGCUAUGUCAGUUACUAUUUCCUGUUUUUCUGGGGAGCUGUCUUUUUAAUUACCACUACACUGGUUGCCCUUUUGAAAAAGGAAAACAAGGAACUAACACCAACAAAAGAAGAAACAAAAGGCAUCACUGAUACAUACAGGCUGCUAUUCUCAAUAAUCAAGAUGCCAGCAGUUCUUACUUUCUGUCUCUUGAUUCUCACGGCAAAAGUUGGAUUUUCAGCAGCAGAUGCUGUAACAGGACUCAAAUUGGUGGAAGAGGGAGUCCCGAAAGAGCACUUAGCUCUGCUGGCAGUUCCAAUGGUUCCUUUACAGAUAAUAUUGCCUCUGAUUAUCAGCAAAUACACAGCAGGCCCCCAGCCACUGAACACAUUUUACAAAGCUAUGCCUUUCAGAUUACUGCUCGGUCUGGAAUUUGCUUUUUUGGUAUGGUGGACUCCUAAAGUAAAACAUGAAGGAGGAUUUCCUGUCUACUACUAUGUUGUAGUAUUGUUGAGUUACGCUUUACAUCAGAUCACGCUGUAUAGCAUGUAUGUUGCAAUAAUGGCUUUCAAUGCCAAAGUCAGCGAUCCGCUGAUUGGAGGAACCUACAUGACACUUCUAAAUACUGUGUCAAACCUGGGGGGGAACUGGCCUUCCACCGUUGCACUCUGGCUUGUGGAUCCACUCACAGUGAAAGAGUGUGCAGGGGCCCGGGAACAGACCUGUGGAACUACAGGUGCUGCAGAACUCUGCACAAAAGCUGGUGGUUCCUGUGUUACUACCUUGGAUGGUUACUAUGUGGAAUCUGUCAUUUGUGUCAUUCUGGGAUUUGGCUGGUGGUUCCUACUUGGGCCAAAAUUUAAAAAGCUUCAGGACGAAGGACAGACUUCGUGGAAGUGCAAGAGGACCAACUGAUGCAGUUUAAAUAUUGAAUGGACUGGCAAGGUCAUUUUAGUUUUAUUACAAAAACAUAUCCCAUAACAAAUAAACAGGAAUAUAGGUACUUUUAAAUGCCACAUCACUGGAAAAAUGGGUGGCAGAGGCAGUGGUAUGUUUGUAUGUGAUACCACUUGCCCUCCCAAUAUGAAAAUGUAAGUUCAGAAAGUAAAAAAUGGCACCUAUGUACUACAUACAUAUCCCAGAGCUCUAGCUUCAGUCAUGGCUGCUGGUAUAACCCACGUCUGAAUUUCUAUACAGUAACUAUGGAAAAGCUAAUUGUGCCAUGUCUGUCUAAACAGCAGCAUUGUCAGCUAAGUUCCAGCUCUUUAUUUUCAAACAGAAGUGAUCUGACACAGGGAAUUGACCCGGGGAAGGAUGUCAAAGGCAUUGUGACUUGUAGGUUAAGAGUGUUGUCCUAUGGAAUUCCUUGUGGGAAGAUAAACAUAAAAUGUCUGUCGGCUUUGUUUCUUCUCACUUUCUGAACUGUAAUCACACCUCAAAGGAUGAAAUGUUUCAGAGAUUCUUUUAAAUGUAUUUUCUG